AUGUAUAAUGACACGGACCAAGUACUAGAACAAUAUGGUAUGGCAUUAAGUGAAAAUAACGAUAAUGAUGACAAUCAAAGAAAAUUUUUACUAAACUAUAAACUCGGCGUUUACAAUAAAAAUCAAAAUUAUAACACUGAUGCUGAGCAACGUUAUGCAUUGGCGUUACAAUUUCAGAGCGAUGCUACUAUAGAAAAAAUCAUUCAGAACAAAGUUAAAACUCUUAAACCGUUCGAACAAGAGGCUACAGAAGACGACGGUGAUAACCAUUCUAUAACGUCAAACAUGACCAAUAAAACCCAAAGAGUUUCGACCACUGUGUCAAAUACCUCCUCGUUUGAUUUAGCAGAGGGUUAUUGCGAAUUAGGUGAUUAUGAAGAAGCAUUAUCACAUUACAAGACACAUAUUAAAGAACAAACAGAAAAAUUGGAAGAAAAAAGUCUUAUCGACACCCCGACGAUAGACACCGAGACAAACACUUAUUUAUGGGAAUACAUUCCACAUUUACUUAUUCAAAAAAUCACUCAUUUGGAAAUGAAUGAAAUAACCACUACAUCCGAUAGCGACAAACUUGAGUCACUAAUUAAGUCAUAUAUCAAAUGUGGGGAAUUAUCAAUUAUUACUGAUAAUGUUUGUGAAGGUGUUCAAAAUUAUAUAUCGGCGUUUUAUUUAUGCACAAAAUUAUAUGACACAGAUGCUAGUUUGAUUCAGUCAGUAGAUGAAUUGUGUGAGAAAUUAGCUGAUCUAGGACAAGAUUACAUUAUUGAACAUUAUAAAGAAUCAUCUCAUGAUGAUGGUGUGUGGAUUAAUCUUAAGAUUGGAGCAAAAAACCGAGCAAACGAAGACUAUUUGAAUUCAAUCACAAAUUACAUGAAUGCCAGAGAGUUGUUGAGCGUUGAAGAGAAUCCGAUAAUUGAUGCGGCAAUUAACUAUAGCAUUCUAGAAAUAUUAAACACUAACUAUUAUGCUAAUGAUGAACAUAAAACAUUCGUCUAUAAUAUUAAUAUCGAUCCGAAAUGGUCGAUUUUUGAUCGAAUAUUAAUCUAUCGUUUGCUUGUUGCUUUAAUGAAUGAAUUUGAAGAUAAAGACAAAGAAACGUAUUUCAAAGACUUAUUAUAUCAAACACAAAUGGAAGCUAAUGGUCCAAUUUUACAUGGCAGUUAUUAUGAUUCUUCACUGUUAUGUAUUGGCCACGUACUAACUCAGGCUGACGAUUACAGUUCUGCUAUAUCGUACUGGAAUAAAAUUCGAGAAUUAAAAGAACAAAUGUUAUCCCUGCCAGUUAUUGAUAUUAUACAUUCAGCUGACUCAACCUUUAUUGACAUUUAUAACGAAGUGAAACUCUUAAAUAACAACUUUCUUUCUUACAUCAUAUCUAUUGCAAAAAGCUAUAAUACUAUUGGUAACUACAAUGUACGAGAUGGUGACGAUGAUAUGAAACUGGGAGAUGAGGAGGUUACAGAUGAAAAGAUAAAACUUCAACAUUAUGAACGUGCUUUGACUUGCUAUAACACGGCAAAAACAAACUACAACAGUGCCUCAAUUAUUGCAAGAAAAUUGAAACAAUCGCAAGUUAAUGAAACAAGACAAUUCACAGACGACGAAGUAAACGAGAAAAUCAAACAAAUAACUGAAAAAAUCCCAAAACCUAACGAUGACGAGAUGAGUAGUGAUGACGACGAAUCUAGUUCGUAA